AUGUCAGCCACUAACAGCACGGGGGCAACUACUUUGCCACUAAGCACCCGCGUUACUCUAGCAUUUUUAAUGGGCUUACUAGCUUUUGCUAUAAUGCUGGGAAAUGCUGUGGUUAUUCUAGCUUUUGUGGUGGACAAAAAGCUGAGACAUCGAAGUAAUUACUUUUUCCUUAACUUGGCCAUUGCUGACUUCUUUGUUGGUGUGAUCUCCAUCCCUUUGUACAUCCCUCACACGCUGUUUGAUUGGGACUUUGGAAAUGGACUCUGUGCAUUUUGGCUCAUUGUUGACUAUCUUUUGUGUACAGCAUCUGUGUAUAACAUUGUUCUCAUCAGCUAUGAUCGGUACCAGUCAGUCUCAAAUGCUGUAUCUUACAGAGCUCGACACACUGGAAUCUUGAAGAUCGUGGCUCUGAUGGUGGCUGUCUGGGUACUGGCCUUCUUAGUGCAUGGGCCAAUAAUUCUAAUUUCAGAGUCUUGGAAGAAUUCCAGCUGGAGAGUCUUGGAGGAGACGGCUUGUGAACCCGGAUUUUUUACCAUAUGGUACAUCCUUGCCAUCUCGUCUUUCUUUGAAUUCCUGGUCCCAGUCUUUGCAGUGGCCUAUUUCAACAUGUACAUUUACUGGAGCCUGUGGAAGCGUGGCAAUCUCAGCCGGUGGCAAAGCCAGCCCACACUCCCUUCUCCUGUCUCUCCCAGUAACUGGGGAUCCUCACUCAGGGGUGGACUGUUUUCAAGAACAUCUCUUCCUGAACUGAAGGAAACAGCACCAUCUACUCCUUUGAAAAGACAUGAAAGAAAGAGCAGUCUCUUGUUCUCUUUAAGAGCCCAGAUGAAUGGCAGUAUAAUUGCUUCCAAAAUGGCUUCCCUCGCCCAUUCUGAUUCCCUGUGUCUUCACCAAAGGGAACAUAUUGAAUUAUUCAGAGCCAGGAAAUUAGCCAAGUCACUGGCCAUUCUCUUAGGUGUUUUUGCCUUUUGCUGGGCUCCCUAUUCUCUGUUCACAAUCAUUCGUUCAAUUUACCCACUAGACCAGCGUCCUCAAAUAGUUGGGUAUGAAAUCACGUUUUGGCUUCAGUGGCUCAAUUCCUUUGUCAACCCUUUUCUGUAUCCGUUGUGUCACAAGCAUUUCCAGAAGGCUUUCUCGAAAAUACUUCGUAUGAGAAAGCAAUCCAUAUCAUCACAAAAUCGGUCAAUGUCCUCUUAA